CUUUCGAGUGAGAUCCAUAUAUAACCAGGCAACCACCGCUGCCCAUCUCUCCGCCUCUCUCUUCCCUUCUCUCCCUGGAACCAGGGUGGUUGUCAAGCGGCAUUGGAGUUGGGAGUCCUUGCCAUUGGUACAAGAGCAAGAAGCAAGGACAAGGAGGGAAGAGGAGGGAGAGUGAGGGGCACUAGAAAGGUGCCUCCUUUGCUUCCAGUUGCUUCUUCUCUCUCCUUGCGCGGGGGAGAGGGAAGCGGGAGAGGAGAUGGGCGAGAUGGUCAUGGCCGGUUAUGGCCUGGACAAGGCGGUGCGGGCCAGCGGCAGCUUCGACACGCCGUGCGGCGCGCUUCUGCGCGAGCUCGAGCAAAUAUGGACAGAGAUUGGGGAGCGUGAACAAGAUAAAGAUCGAAUGUUCCUUGAACUUGAAACAGAGUGCAUGCAUGUGUACCGUCGAAAGGUAGAUAGUGCCAGUGCCGAGAGAGCUCAGCUCCGUCAGUCAUUGAUGGCCAAAGAAGCAGAGCUUAAAGCUCUAGUUGCUUCUAUAGGGGAAAACACCACACGAUUUAAGGUGGAUGAAAAGCGCACAUCAUUGAAAGAUCAACUUGCUGCAGUGACACCUCUGUUGGAAGAGCUUAGGGCAAAGAAAGAAGAAAGAAUCAAACAGAUCUCAAAUGUGCAAUCUCAAAUUGAGAAGAUAAAAGCACAAAUUUCUGAUCACGGUUAUCAGAACUAUGAUGCUUGUGUCAAACAACUUAGUGAUGAUCAUGACUUAUCGACCAGAAGAAUUUCUGAUCUUCAAAUGCAAUUGCGAAAUCUACAGAAGGAAAAGUCUGAUCGCCUUCAGAAAGUCUUCGUAUAUGUGGAUGAAGUACACGGCCUAUGUGCGGUGCUUGGGAUGGAUUUUUCAGAGACUGUAAAAGAGGUGCAUCCAAGUUUGCAUGGGACCAACUCAGAAAAUUCAACAAAUAUCAGUGAUAGCACCCUUGAAGGUCUUACUCAGACUAUCCUGAAGCUCAAAGCAGAAAAGAAGACUAGAGUUUUGAAGUUGCAAGAGAUUGUGGAAAAACUUCACAAAUUAUGGAAUCUCAUGGAGUCAGCUGAACAAGAGAGGAGACAAUUUGCCAAAGUAACUGCUGUUCUUGGAUCUUCUGAGGAAGAGAUAACUUCUCCUGGCAUUCUGUCAUUGGAGACAAUUCAGGAGACAGAAGAGGAAGUCGAAAGGCUAACUAAACAAAAAGCUAGUAGAAUGAAGGAGCUUGUUCUCAAGAAGAGGUUAGAACUAGAAGACGUCUGCAGAAAUGCACAUAUGGAGCCUGAUAUGAACACAGCACCAGAGAAGAUCAUUGCAUUGAUAGAUUCUGGUUUAGUAGAUCCUUGCGAACUCCUUUCCAGCAUUGAAGUACAAAUAGCAAAAGCAAAUGAAGAGUCCUUAACAAGGAAAGAUAUCAUGGAGAGAGUGGAUAAAUGGCUAUCGGCUUGUGAUGAAGAGACUUGGCUUGAGGAAUAUAACCAAGAUGAUAAUAGGUAUAGUGCUGGCAGGGGUGCCCACUUGAAUCUCAAGCGUGCAGAAAAGGCAAGGAUACUUGUCCAAAAAAUUCCAACUAUGAUUGACAACUUGAUAGCCAAAACUUUCGCAUGGGAGGAUGAAAGAAAUGUGCCAUUUUUAUAUGACGGAGUUCGUUUGGUUGCCAUUUUGGAAGAGCAAAAACUCAGAAGGGCACAAAGGGAGGAAGACAAGAGACGCUGUCGGGACCAGAAGAAGCUGCAGAGUUUAUUGCUUAGGGAGAAGGAGUUGAUUUUCGGGUCUAAACCUAGUCCAAGAAAGACAAACAGCUUCAAUAGAAGGAUGAGCAACCACCAUUCAAAUGGAAAUGGCACUGGAUUCAUGACCCCAGUGCCCCGCCGAGUUUCAGCUGGCAGUGCGACACCGGAGCUUCUAACCCCACGCUCAUAUUCUGGGCGGUACAACAACUACUUCAAGGAGAAUAGGCGUCUGACAGCAGCACCACUGAACUUCUCAGCGGUUUCCAAGGAGGAUAGCAUGUCAUCCUUCGCCUCCAUUAGCGGCUCGGAGCCUGAUUCGCCAUUGUAUUUGCAUUAAGUGUUGGUUAGGGAAGAGAUUUCUUGGUGACAAGGAUGGGUAGCCUCAAGAUUGGACCAGUGUGUGGUAGCUGUUAACAUUGCUGAUGAGUGACGACAGGUUGUGACAAAAUUUAGGUGAAAUUGAUUGUAGAUAUAAUUUCUAACGUUCAUGGUUUUGCUCUAUCUCCAAAUUUAGGCAAGUCGUUUGGUUAGGAAACGUGUGAAUGGGAUAAGCUGUGCAAUGUAAUUGUUUCGUGCUGUGUGUUCUCUUUCCCCUCCCCCUCAUCCCCCUCUUGGAGUUCUGUACUACAGCUCAGAUAUUUUGUUUUGCAUGUGAAGAAAGGCUUGAUUUUUUGUCGAAAAGAAUGUUGCAUUUCAGCCU